AUGUCGUUGAUGAGCAAUGGCCGUUUGAGAGUUCUUUUUGCCAUUGCGUGUAUUUCUUUUCUUUUUCUUUAUCACUACAGGACACAAGAGCUCGAGAUUGUCGCACAGGGAAUCUCAGCCGAUCUCCUCAAAUGUCAAGAGCAGACGGACAGUGUCAUCGCGCGUUUACAAUUAAUGUAUGAUCACAAAGAGUUGGCCUCGGAUUUGUUGAACAGAGAGCGACGGGAGAUUCUAUUGAAAAAAGAAGAAUUCGAGACAAGAGUGAGGAGGUGUGAGUUGGAAUCAGCAAGAGUCAAGAAAGAUCUCAACAAUUGCCAAGCCGAUCCAGCCGGUUUCAACGCUCCGCCGACGCUGGCCCCGUCGCUGAAACAAGCCGAGAUGCUGCUAUUGAAAGAAAAAGAAGUGCUUCAACUAAAGGAAAAUCUCGAACAAUUACAGCACAUUUUGGAGGAGAAGAGGCUCGAAAUUGAAAAAUUACAAAACGAGAAACAAACAUUACAGAUAACAACAGAGAAUUGUCUGAAUAAAUUGUCCCUUCAAGCGGCGGUAAGUCGAAAAAUUCGAAAA